UCCUAAAAAUAACUAUACUUUUAGCUAUACGUUUGAUAUUACUGUUUGUUAUUCUGAUUUUAGUUAGUGGGUUAAUAAUGUUUAAACAUCUAUCGAACGAAAUCAUUGAAAACGAUUGGCAUCAAUUGAUGAUAGCAGCGUACAAUGGAAGAUAUAAAGCUGUGAAGUUUCUGAUUAAGACCGGAAUUGAUGUUAAUCAUUUAAACAUUAGUAAAAAUAAUGCUUUAAUAUUAGCGUCAGAAAAAGGUUAUGAAAAGAUUAUAGAUCUGCUUAUAACAAAUAAUUCAUGUUUAAAUCACAUGAAUCAAAAUGGACAUAGUGCACUCAUGUCUGCAUCCCUUAAUGGACAUACUAAAGCAAUAUACAUUCUUUUAAAUAAUAAAGCAGAUGUUAAUCUAACCAACCAAAAUAAUUGGAAUGCAUUAAUGUUUGCCUCUCUAAAAGGACAUUAUAAAUGUGUAGAGAUACUUUUGAAGUAUGAAGCGGAUGUACGACAAACAUAUAACUACGGAAUAAAUUCCCUAAUGAUUGCAUCAUUUAUUGGACAUGAUAAAGUGGUUGAUAUUUUACUUAGAAAUGGAGCUACAGUAAAUGAUGUGGAUACAGAUGGUAAUGAUGCAUUAAUGAAUGCCUCUCACAACGGGCAUGAUAAAUGUGUAGUGAUACUUUUGAAGUAUGAGGCGGAUGUACAUAAAACAAAUAAAAAUGGAAUAAAUGCCUUAAUGUGUGCAUCACUUAAUGGACAUGAAAAAGUGGUUGCUAUUUUAUUUGGAAAUGGAGCUACAGUAAAUAUUGUGGAUACAGAUGGUAAUAAUGCAUUAAUGAUAGCCUCUGACAACGGGCAUGAUAAAUGUGUAGAGAUACUUUUGAAGUAUGAGGCGGAUGUACAUAAAACAAAUAAAAAUGGAAGAAAUGCCUUAAUGCGUGCAUCACUUAAUGGACAUAAAAAAGUGGUUGAUAUUUUAUUUAGAGAUGGAGCUACAGUAAAUGAUGUGGAUACAAAUGGUAAUGAUGCAUUAAUGAUGGCCUCUCACAACGGGCAUGAAAAAUGUGUAGAGAUACUUUUGAAGUAUGAGGCGGAUGUACAUAAAACAAAUAAAAAUGGAAGAAAUGCCUUAAUGUGUGCAUCACUUAAUGGACAUGAAAAAGUGGUUGAUAUUUUAUUUAGAAAUGGAGCUACAGUAAAUGAUGUGGAUACAGAUGGUAAUGAUGCAUUAAUGAUGGCCUCUCACAACGGGCAUGAAAAAUGUGUAGAGAUACUCUUCAAGUAUAAGGCGGAUGUACAUAAAACAAAUAAAAAUGGAAGAAAUGCCUUAAUGUGUGCAUCACUUAAUGGACAUGAAAAAGUGGUUGAUAUUUUAUUUACAAAUGGAGCUACAGUAAAUGAUGUGGAUACAGAUGGUAAUGAUGCAUUACUGAUGGCCUCUCAAAACGGGCAUGAUAAAUGUGUAGAGAUACUUUUGAAGUAUGAGGCGGAUGUACAUAAAACAAAUAAAAAUGGAAGAAAUGCCUUAAUGUGUGCAUCACUUAAUGGACAUGAAAAAGUGGUUGAUAUUUUAUUUACAAAUGGAGCUACAGUAAAUGAUGUGGAUACAGAUGGUAAUGAUGCAUUAAUGAUGGCCUCUCAAAACGGGCAUGAUAUAUGUAUAGAGAUACUUUUGAAGUAUGAGGCGGAUGUACAUAAAACAAAUAAAAAUGGAAGAAAUGCCUUAAUGCGUGCAUCACUUAAUGGACAUGAAAAAGUGGUUGCUAUUUUAGUUAGAAAUGGAGCUACAGUAAAUGAUGUGAAUACAGAUGGUAAUGAUGCAUUAAUGAUGGCCUCUGACAACGGGCAUGAUAAAUGUGUAGAGAUACUUUUGAAGUAUGAGGCGGAUGUACAUAAAACAAAUAAAAAUGGAAGAAAUGCCUUAAUGUGUGCAUCACUUAAUGGACAUGAAAAAGUGGUUGAUAUUUUAUUUACAAAUGGAGCUACAGUAAAUGAUGUGGAUACAGAUGGUAAUGAUGCAUUAAUGAUGGCCUCUCACAACGGGCAUGAAAAAUGUGUAGAGGUACUUUUGAAGUAUGAGGCGGAUGUAUAUAAAACAAAUAAAAAUGGAAUAAAUGCCUUAAUGUGUGCAUCACUUAAUGGACAUGAAAAAGUGAUUGAUAUUUUAUUUAGAAAUGGAGCUACAGUAAAUGAUGUGGAUACAGAUGGUAGUGAUGCAUUAAUGGUGGCCUCUCAAAACGGGCAUGAUAAAUGUGUAGAGAUGCUUUUGAAGUAUGAGGCGGAUGUACAUAAAACAAAUAAAAAUGGAAGAAAUGCCUUAAUACGUGCAUCACUUAAUGGACAUGAAAAAGUGGUUGAUAUUUUAUUUAGAAAUGGAGCUACAGUAAAUGAUGUGGAUACAGAUGGUAAUGAUGCAUUAAUGAUGGCCUCUCACAAAGGGCAUGAAAAAUGUGUAGAGAUACUUUUGAAGUAUGAGGCGGAUGUACAUAAAACAAAUAAAAAUGGAAGAAAUGCCUUAAUGUGUGCAUCACUUAAUGGACAUGAAAAAGUGGUUGAUAUUUUAUUUAGAAAUGGAGCUACAGUAAAUGAUGUGGAUACAGAUGGUAGUGAUGCAUUAAUGAAUGCCUCUCACAACGGGCAUGAUAAAUGUGUAGAGAUACUUUUGAAGUAUCAGCCGGAUGUACAUAAAACAAAUAAAGAUGGAAGAAAUGCUUUAAUGCAUGCAUCACUUAAUGGACAUGAAAAUGUGGCUGGUGUUUUACUUAAUCAUGGAGCAGAUGUAAACUAUGUCAACCAAAAACGAGAGAAUGCAUUAUUAUGUGCAAGCUUUAAUGGGUAUACUAAAAUAGUAGAAAUUCUCAUUAAAAAGGGAGCAGAUGUAUGUCAUGUAGAUUCAGAUGGUAAUGAUGCAUUAAUAAUGGCCUCUCAAAAUGGGCAUGAUAAAUGUGUAGAGAUACUUUUGAAGUAUGAGACGGAUGUACAUAAAACAAAUAAAAAUGGAAGAAAUGCCUUAAUGUGUGCAUCACUUAAUGGACAUGAGAAAGUGGUUGAUAUUUUAUUUAGAAAUGGACCUACAGUAAAUCAUGUCGAUACAGAUGGUAAUGAUGCAUUAAUGUUAGCAGCCGAAAAAGGUCACCUAAAAUUAAUAGAGUUUUUAAUAAAAACUCAUGCAGUUAGGAAUUUUUUACCCCAAAACACGCCGAACAAAUUCGCAUCCUCCAUGUUGCACGGCACAGCUGUUUCAGAUGUGUAUUUAUUUAACAUUGUUUUGACUUUGAUUGGAAAUAGACACAUGGCCUUUGUAGAAAUAAUUUUAUCUUUAGCUCAUGAGAAAUACAUUACAUCAAGAACAGAAAUGCUUCUCCUUUUUAUCAGUAAAUCAACAGAGGAAGAUAGUUAG